AUGGCAACCAUCUGGCCUCUUCUUCUUCUCUUCUCAGUAAUUUCCACUGCAGAAGCUCAACAACCUGAGCAAUCCUUUUUCAGGCCAGGCACUUUGUUAACACCUAGGGGUACCAACUCUUCAUGGCUAUCACGUUCCGGUCUAUAUGCCUUUGGGUUCUACAAGCUGCAGGGCAACGGCUAUGCUGUUGGAAUUUUUAUUUCCGGGAUUCCACAGAAGACUCUGGUCUGGACAGCCAACAGAGACAAUCCUCCACUUCCUGAUGAUGUUAAAUUGAACUUCACAAGCGAUGGACGGCUGGUUCUGCAGACGGCACAAGGCAUGGAGACGGGGAUCGCCGGUAAUACCGAAGACCAACCGACACCUUUUUACCAGGUCAGAAACUCGCAACCGAUCAGUCCGAACCAAUCAACAGGCAUAUUUCGUCUCAUAAUGCAACAAGAUGGAUGGCUGGCGAUGUACCCGGUUGGAACCCCAUUCACACUUGAAUAUGGUUACUGGGGAGCUGGUGUUUCUGGAGAAGGAACUGAUGUUUCACUGAAUUUUGAUGCUGAUGGUCGCCUCUAUUUGCUCAAUGGCACCGGCAUGUCAAUAGUGAACAUUACAACGGGAGAUCCAACAAAAGGUGUAAUCUACCGUUUGAGAAUUGACCCUGACGGGAUCUUGCGGCAUUACUCGCACAAUAUGGAUCAGAAUGGUUUUUGGAAUGUUACAUGGUCAGGUCCGAAAGACGAGUGUGACCCUAAGGGUCUCUGUGGCAUCAAUGCAUUUUGCGAUCAAGAUGCUGGUUGUGAAUGUCUACCCGGAUUCAAACGUGUUAACCAAGACGAUUGGGCUUCAGGCUGUGAAAGAAAUUUCGAUUCUAAAAGUUGCAAAAGCAACGAUGCAGUCACUGGAUAUAACAUGGAAGCAGAGCUUCAUACCGUAUGGCAAAAUGAUAGCUAUUCUAUCCUAAAUUCUUCAACCCAAGACGCCUGUGGAGAAGCAUGUUUGGGGGACUGUAACUGUGAAGUUGCGCAGUACAAAGAUGGAGAGUGUAGGAAACAAAGGCUUCCUUUGAGAUUUGGAAGAAGACAAGCGUAG